CUAAAACUGACAAAAGACAGCGGACGAUGUCGAAUCGAACCACUGCAGCUGGAGAUCUGUUGAUUGAUCAUGUGUGUGAAUGCGAACCUCUGAGUCCCAUAGCGAAGCUGAACGAGGUGCCGAGGUUGUGGGCUGAUGUUGAAGAGACGCUGAAAGGGUGGUUGACCGGGUCUGGUGGGUCUGGAUGGACAGACCAGUCCGUUAGAAGGAUGGUUAGAUGUACCAGGUACACUAUGGUGGAAGAUGAGUGGAACAAGUUCCCGAACUUGGCAGAGGCGAUAUGGACUAUGCUGAACGGAGCGGUGAAGAGAUUCAUCCCAGAUGCUUCAUCGUGGCAAGGGAACGAGAUUCUCUAUUUCAUCAACGACAAGGUGCUCAACUCCCCGGUGGAUGUUCUGAUUUGCCAGUUUAACCGUGGAACCUCACUAGAGAAGCUCUUUGUCAUGGAUGAGUUCUUCAAAUCUGCAAAGCACACCCACAAGCUGAUUUCCAAUAUCGUGAGCAUGAGCGAUUUGAAGAGAGCUGAGGUGAGAUACAUCUGUGAAAGAUUUGCCAUAAAGAACUUUGAUGACUUGCAAUCGUUCCCCCGUCCAUCGUUGGAGCUUGCUGCUGCAAAGAUCAAAGAAGGAAGACCCGGUGCUGCUCCAAAGCCCCAAAAUGUCGAACCAGUGAACAACGACAUAGAUGACAACAAAGCCACUGGAAAGAGCAGUAAAGCUGAUGCCAGAGCUGGUAGCUCUUCCUCUACUUCUUCAAGUUCUCCGGAACCUGCCAAAAAGGAUAUCAUGCGAUUCAAGCAUAAACUUUGUCCAUUGCUUAUGUAUGACAUUGAAGACGACCAGAACCAAGUUGUCGAACACUUUGCUAGGUUCGGUGUCUAUGAGGACGAGUGUCUUCUUCUCAACUCCACGCUUGAUAUACUAGCAACUUUGACUUAUGCAGGUGAGGAUUGUGAAAUCACAUGGCAUGAGAGCUACACCCUGGCCAACCCUGGAGUUGGGGAAGGUCGAGUGUACCAUGCAAUUAUGUCACAAGAAUAUGGCUCUUGGAUCUACGAUGCACUUGAAAUCCAUAGAAACAUGUUCCACAAGAGCCCUGAAGAACUCUGGGAGGAACUGGAUUACCUGGGAGUGGACAUGCCAGAGGCCAUUGAGCUAGAAGACUUUGAAUACUGUAUCAAGCAGUGUGUGUGCUACGAUCCAAAGUACACUGCUUCCGCACCCAACGAUGUUGUCUUCAUCUCUGCCGUUCCUGGACCUGACCACAGCACUUACUUCACUGCAGUGGAUCGCUACACUGGAUUCACGAUUUUACGUCCUGUGAGACACUUUUUCCACCUCGAUGAGAUGGCUGAAUUCAUCUCUCUUUUGAAGCAGAUGGCCCAGGAUGGAGGAAGAACUGUCAAAAGGGUUCUGUGCUGUACUCUGUCUCGUGAUGAAAUCCCUCCUUUCAUAUCUGCCUCUGAUUAUGACAAUACCCCUCUUAUAAACUACUGCUCUCGCAAUGGCAUCAGCAUCGAGUUUGAAGACCCCGGGGACAUGGACACUAUGAGGUUGAUCAAACAAGAGUGGAGAAUAAGGGUCGGUGCCACUCUUGUAGAUGGUGGGUUCUGUCGAGAGUUCUGGCCCUGGGUGUCCAGACAUAUCGUUGCCAUUGAUAACAACUUCGUCAUAAGUACAGAAGCUGGACAUGGUGAAGCUGGGAGACAGACGUCAUGUGAGUGCUUUGCCGAUUGGAGUCGCAGCCUCCAUGACGUGUUCCGUAAGCUGACUGAGUUGAAGAUAGGAUCAAAGAUCAGAUUUAAGGACAAUAGGGGCGUUAUGGUUAACGGUGUGUACCUGGGGUUUGUCGAUUACAAACUCGAGACCAUAUUUGCCUUUGAUCCUGUACUCAAACAUGUCAGUGUGACGGAUGAUUUCGAGCUUGUCGGACCACCUAACAUUGCAUACAACAGAACGCUGGCCUUGUAAAGGCCGUCGUGGCUGUUUGGUUGAUUGACAACCAUACGCAGCACAAAGAAAGAACACUAAAACAAAGUAUCUAAAAGAGUACUAAGCUCUAUUGAGUGUAUAUAACCCUUGCUAAUGACCCAUGAUUAAAGAGUAUUGAUGACCCUGUCAACUGCAAACAGAUCAACUAACAGCCAAAGCAGCCAAACCUGACCUGGAAAUGUGUUGAUGGAGUUUGCGGCUUAACCCUGGUUUUACCGGAGUUUAGGGCUAAGCACCUUGCCCUGCCCCGACGGAGAACAAAUCCGAAACCCGAAAAGCGCACUAGCAAUUAUUUCCAGAAUAUUCGAAAACUCUCCAAAUUAACACCCGAAAGGGAAACUAUCCCAAAAGGGGCUAAAUUAUUAACCGUUACCCUACCCUAAGCUGUCUUUUGAUUUCUAAUCCACCGAUCAACGAUCG